UUCCUGUUUUAUAUUGUAGUUUUCAUUUAUCCAGCAAGUUUUAUUAGUUAUCCGCAAUAUACUUAUUUAAUAAUUUGUUUAUAAAUAGGAUUUGUUUAACGAGAUGUCAUCCGACGCUCAAAUAGUGCAAGCCCUUUAUUCCUUUAAGGGCACCAAUAAUGACGAGCUAUGCUUCCAAAAAGGAGAUUUUAUAACAAUUACACAAUGCCCAGAUGGAGGUUGGUGGGAAGGGACUUUGGGUGAAAUUACUGGGUGGUUUCCUAGCAAUUAUGUUAGGGAAGUAAAAGAUCCAGCGAUUGUUCUGCACAAUUCUCACGACGCUGCGAACAUCUCGAUUGUUUAUAAGGAUUUAUUGGACUCUGAAAAAGCGCACGUCGACGAGUUGCAGGGGUUGUUUACGAACUUUCUGAUGCCUUUAGAAAGGAGUACAAUAUUAACCACGGACGAAUACAAACAACUUAUUGGAAACUUCACGGAAGUGCUAGAGACCCAUCAAGUUUUGCUGCAGUUUAUCGGAGAUGAGAAUCAGAAGCCGCAUAAAGAGCAAAAGAUUGGAAGGCACUUUUUGCAGCACGCACCGAGGAUGAAAGCCAUACAUCAAGCGUAUUGCUCACUGCAUCCCAAAGCUGUCUGUAUUUUAGAUAAAUAUAAAGAGGAAUUGACGAAGUACAUGGAGUCGUGCGGAGCUAAUAGUCCCGGAGUUUUGGUUCUAACUACUGGAUUAAGUAAGCCUUUCCGAAGGUUGGCUAAAUAUUCGGGAAUGCUUUUAGAGGUGGAAAGACACGUGGAAGACAGUCACCCGGAUAGGGGUGAUAUACAAAGAUCGGUUGCAGUUUAUAAAGAAAUUGAUACUUCGUGCGCAGCAACUAGGAGACAGAAGGAACUUGAGCUACAAGUUUUGACGGGACCAGUCAGAGGUUGGGAAGGGCAAAGUUUAUCCAGUUUAGGGGAUAUCAUCUAUAUGGGUUCCGUUGCUGUCGGACCUCAGCAUCUCGAUAGAUACCUAGUUUUGUUUCCAACGACUCUAUUGAUCCUUUCGGUUAGCCAUAGGCUCAGCGCAUUCAUUUAUGAGGGGAAAUUACCAGUCACGGGCAUCAAUGUAAGUCGACUGGAAGAUAGUGAUCAAUACAAGAACGCAUUUGAAAUAAGUGGGCCCUUGAUCGAUAAAGUAACAGCGGUUUGUCAAAGCAAGGAUGAGGCUAAUCAUUGGGUGGAUAUUUUACGGAAGUAUAAUCCAAACAGGAUCACAAUUUCCAAUAAGAGCCCACCCUCUCAAGCUGAAAUGGUGCCACAACCUCCUCCACAUUUGAACAGUCGCGGUUAUUGCACUCGCACAUCGAUAUUAAAAUACACACCAACCUACGAUUACAUCCCCACGUAUCCUUGUCAAUACUAUCCACCUACAGCUCCUUAUGCCGCGUUGUCGAAGCUCUACCACCAAUUGUUUAAACAAAAAGUGAUUACCAGAAAAUUAUUGAAGAUACUGCUAUAUCCAGAAUAUAGUAGACCGAACAAUUUCGCAAACGUGCAACGGCGAUUGCAUCGAUCUGAAUGUUUCAUAUUCAAAAACGAUUCCAACUGUGAUACGGACUCAUCGAGUGAUUGCAGCAGCGACGACAGCAAACGAAUGUGCCGACAAAAUGCCUUUGAUGGCUUCUCUUCCAACGAUGACGACGAUAAUGAUACGUCGUCAUCGUCUAGUAACCCAUUUGGAUACAUCCGUUAUUACAAUCCGCAGACCGGAUCGAAAACGGAAACGGACAACGAGAGUUUCAUAGAUCACUUUAAAUCGCGCGUUAAAGCAGCGCAGCCCAGAGAAUCGAAGAAGCCGAGCAUUGUCCUUACAUCUAGUGCUAAACUAGAGCUUGUUACGCCGAGAGAUUUCAAUAAAUGUUUGAAGGUGCAGUUGUCGCAAGAAUCAGAGGCGAGCUCGUGCGUAACUCCAAAUAACGCUCUGGAAAAUUUGACUAAGCUGAAUGGAAGUUUCGAGAUCGGGCCCGGAUUUGGAGAUUACAGACCUAUCGAAAGGCAAAGCUGUCCGAACAAAUUGGUAGCUGAUAAGUUCAACGAAUGUAGUUUAACUACGUUGUAUAUACCUCCGUGCCAAAGUGAUAAUAAUUUAGCGUUAAAAUGGGACGUAACUUCAUCACAUUCUAGUUCGAUCGAUCUGGCGGUGAACACUCUUCCUAUACCCGAUGGAAUGCUUGCGGAUAUACUUUACAACUGUGACGACGAAGAAACAGUUUUUAAACCGCCCUCGAUGUUCGACGAAAGUAACGGCGCCAAGAAAAAGUCUUUGACUCUGAGCAAUGUGGGCUUCAAGAAGCACAGUUUAAACUCCGAUAAACAUUUCAAGCGCAGGUCCAGCAUCCAAAUGAGUUCCGAUUUGCUUGAGGACAAUUACACGCUCCUGAACAAUUACUAUUCCCCCGAUCAGCAUAGCCCGCGCUCCUCGGAUUCUGGCAUGGCAGGCAGUUGUACACUGAAUUCAGAAUUCCCAGCACGUUGCAGCACAGAAAUGGCGAAUCGCAAUAUUAUAUCUUUGAUGGAAACUUACGAGGCCCAAUGUAGAUGCACUUCCCCAUUCGGCUCGACUCCUCGCACCUCCGCCGAUGUUCCAGUAAUACAUUCCACGCACACAUCCGUAACCAGUGCAGAAAUUCCUACGAAAUUGCCUACUCCCUGGGAAUCCGAGAACCAAAUCCAUUCCAAAUUCAGUGAGCUGCAGCACAGCAAGUCCAUGGGUGCUAUUGUCACCGCGCCGGAGGAGAAACCGGAGAGAGGGGAGGUUUACAAGUCCGGGCUGUAUGCACAUUGGUGGCUCAAGGCCAAGAUUCCCGCUGAGGUCGUGAAAGGGAUUUAUGAAGAGACUAGGGAAAAGAAAACAGAUGUCCGCGUUGGUCGCAACGCCAAACAGUAAUCGCAGUAACGUUCGUACUGUGACGCCUCCCUCCCAUGGGACCUUAAACAAUAACAGGGGGUGGUCGGCGUGCUGCCUGCGGCC